AUGCCCGAAAAUAAUAUUUUCUUCCGUGUUCCACCCACUAAUUGUAAGGUGUAUCAGAAAUGGACCCGUUUUGUACACCUAUCGGGAAAUCGAACAGAAAGCAUUUGCAGCGAUCAUUUCUGCAAUGCGGAUUUUAUUAAAUAUACCCGACUGAAACUGAAGAAUCAUGUAGUUCCUUCUGUGAAGCUUACGUCUUGUAAUCAUGAAGUGAAACUUGGGAGAGUAUGUUGUGUAGCCGGUUGUCAUACUAAAAGACGAAGGUGUUUGGAAACAUUUCCAGUAUUGUUAAAACGUUGGAAACGCGCACUUGGGAUAACAGUCUCUUCAAGUACGGUGGGCUGGAUGAUUUGCCACCAUCACUUCAUGAAAACUGACUUUCAAAAAACAAUUUCAACGUAUCUCGAGCCAAAUACAGUUCCAUCUAAGAAGAUUAAACCAUUGAUACGGAUCCAAAAAAGACGUUUCCUAGCAGGAGAGAGACCUGAACACUUACAAGAUCACAAUUACAAUAAAUAUGAAGGACAUUCACUAAGUAAUCGAUUAUGCUAUGUGGCAGGUUGCCGAUCAAGGGUAACGGCAAGGAUUACUUUGCAUAAGUUUCCUCCGCGGUCUGACAGCCGCUUCAAGAUUUGGAUCACUUCUUUGCGGUGUAAGACAAAGCCGACGAAAAAUUCAGAAGUUUGUAGCUUGCAUUUUGUCAAAACAUGCUACGUACCAGGAGGUAAACAUCUUAAGAAAGACGCUGUGCCUACUUUGAGAUUGCCCUACAUAAUCGAUCAUGCAAACGAAUGCUAUUUUUCUUCUCCGAAGAAAUCAAUUGAUGACGCAGAACUCACUUUGCUAAAAGCGCCGGAUGAGACGAAGGUUGAAGUCAAUGAAUCCUUACCAAUUACAUGUUUAACUUCUCCCGCCAAUAUUAACGAAGCACUAGAUGAAUCGAAGCAUAUGAAUAAUUCUUUUAUAAGAAUCUGCCAGUAUUUCCUGUGUAUCGUCACUUCCACUGUACACCUCUCUCGGCUUCUUGACGCAACAUAA